AUGGUCAUGGGGGCUAAUGAUGCCUCGUAUGGAGCCAUAAUACCCCAUUUGGGAAAAUACUAUGAUCUACCUUACUCUUUCACCUCACUUAUAUUUCUCGCUCCCUUUAUCGGCUAUUCGCUCUCUGCUGCUCUUAAUAGCAGCCUCCAUGAAAAUGUGGGGCAAAGAGGCAUCGCCAUCAUAGGGUCUGGUUGUCAUCUUAUUGCGUAUAUCGCCAUCUCCCUCCAUCUUCCCUAUCCAGCUCUCGUUUUCAUUUACAUGCUGGCCGGCCUAGGUAAUGGAAUCGGCGAUGCUGCGUGGAAUUCUUGGGUAGCCAGUAACUUGGCAGAUUCCAGUAUGCUGGUCAAUGCGAUGCAUGCCUGCUAUGGCCUCGGAGCCGUCAUGGGCCCCGUAAUCGCAACCAUCAUGGUCACCAAGGCUGGGCUUCCGUGGUACAUGUUUUAUUAUGUCAUGGUAGCUGGUAUCGCGGUCGUAGAACUCAUUGCGACAGUCACGACAUUCUGGUCUGCGUCAGCGGAUGCCUAUCGAAAGGCCAAUCCCAAAGGCCCAGAGCCAAGAGAGUCCAUCAUUCAUGAAAUACUGUUUAAGCUUCCCUCUGCGAGAGUUACAUGGCUGUGUGCGAUAUUCACCCUUGGAUAUGUUGGGCUUGAGGUGUCUUUGGGUGGUUGGAUUGUCACAUUCAUGUUACAAGUUCGACAUGGUGAAGAGUUUGCCAGCGGCAUGACGGCUACGGGCUUUUGGGCUGGCCUCGCCGCAGGUCGCAUAACGUUGAGUUUCGUGACGCCUCGGAUCGGCGAGAGGUCCGCAGUCAUGAUCUAUCUUGGCGCUGCCAUUUGUUUGCAGCUACUCUUCUGGUUGAUUCCCCAAUUCUUUGUAUCAGCUCUUACCGUCUCGUUGCAAGGAUUUUUCCUUGGCCCCCUCUUCCCAGCAGUCAUUGUGGCAAUUACCAAGCUGCUCCCAAGACAUCUGCAUAUCAGCGCCAUUGGCUUCGCCAUAGGACUCGGUGGAAGCGGAGCGGCGAUUCUCCCAUUAGCUAUCGGGGCUCAAGCCCAGCGUCAUGGUGUACAAAUACUUUCCCCAAUCGUCCUCGGGGCAUUGGUGGUCCUACUACUCACUUGGUUCUUUCUUCCAAAAUUUAGUAGCAAGCGAGAGUAA